GCACGGCGCGACGGGCUCGCCCCCGCGACGGCCGCCCUCCUCCCCUCCUCCGGCAGCGGUUUUCCAACCCGUGCCGGGAGGCGUCCUCCCCGCCGCCCCGGAGGGAUGUCGAGGGCGUCCAGGGCGGUGCUGGGGCUCUCCGUCGUGCUGACGGCGGGCACGGUGAUCGGCGUGCACCUGCGGCAGCAGCAGGACCGGCAGAGGCUUCGAAACGGCGUAGUCAGAGACAUUGAAAGGCAAAAUCGGAAAAAGGAAAACAUCCGUCUUUUGGAAGAACAAAUUGUUUUGACGAAACAUUUUGAAGCAGAAAGAGACAGGGUGCUUCUGGCAAAUGGGUCUCAAAAAACAAACCAUGAAGUGAAAAUUAAGCCUGAGUGACACAGUGGGGUUUUUUUGU